AUGGUCGGGAAGUCCCUGAUUGCUGGCCUGGUGGUCCUUCUGGUGGCUGCGGUGAGUCUGUUCCUGGGGGUGUUUAUGAGCCUGGGGAGGAAAAACACACCCGUCCCUUCAGACCACUUCUACUCAAAGGCUGCGGUGGCUGCUGAUGCUGGAAGGUGUUCAGAAGUGGGGCGGGAUAUUCUGAAGAGAAAUGGCUCGGCCGUGGACGCCUCCAUUGCUGCCUUGCUAUGCGUUGGACUUUUGAACGCUCACAGCAUGGGCAUCGGUGGAGGGCUGUUCUUUGUCAUCUAUAAUGCUACCACUGGAAAGGUGGAAACCAUCGAUGCGAGGGAGACGGCCCCCAUGAACGCCAGCGAGGACAUGUUUGGCAACAACACCAAGCUUUCACGCACAGGUGGAUUGUCCAUCGGCAUUCCUGGGGAGAUCCGUGGUUAUGAGAUGGCACACAGAAGGCACGGCAGGCUUCCAUGGAAAGAGCUGUUCGAGCCCAGCAUCGCCUUGGCCCGGGACGGGUUUCCCAUUGGAAAAGCCUUAGCCCAUGCCCUCCUCAAGAGCAAAGACUCCAUUCAAGGGAACGCAAACAUGUGUGAGGUGUUUUGCGACUCUCGGAAGAACAUCUUGAAAGAAAACGAUAUCGUCAGAUUCCCAAAGCUGGCAGACACGUACCAGAGAAUAGCAGAGGAAGGGCCCGACGUCUUCUACAACGGGACGAUGGCCCACAGCAUCGUGGAGGACAUCCAGGCGGCAGGUGGCAUCAUCACCCUGGAGGAUUUGCUGGAUUACCAACCCGUGCUCAAUGAGAACCCGCUGAAGCUGACUGUCGGGGAAUACACCCUGCACGUCCCCGACGCCCCCUCCAGUGGACCUGUGCUGGCACUCAUACUCAACAUAGUGGACGGGUACAACUUCACAGACACGAGCGUCUCCACGGCGGAGGAAAAGACUCUGACCUAUCACCGCAUCGUGGAGGCCUUUCGUUUCGCUUACGCCAAGAGAAGCAGACUGGGCGACCCCCGGUACCUCAACAUCACCGAUCUGAUUCAAAACAUGACCUCAGACUACUUUGCCGAUAGUAUAAGGAGCAAAAUUACAGACGACACCACCCACCCGGACAACUACUACGAGCCGGAGUAUUUUGUACCCGACAACCACGGGACAGCUCACCUGUCUGUCAUAGCAGAGGAUGGAAGUGCGGUGGCUGCCACCAGCACCAUCAAUCUAUACUUUGGAUCUAAAGUCAGGUCUCGAUCAACGGGAAUCAUUUUCAACGAUGAAAUGGACGAUUUCAGUUCUCCACAUAUGACCAAUGGCUUCGGCAUCCCUCCUUCGCCCAACAAUUUUAUCCAACCAGGCAAGAGGCCGCUGUCGUCCAUGUGUCCCACGAUUAUCUUUGACAAAGACAACAGAGUGAAAAUGGUUGUGGGCGCGUCCGGAGGAACAAAAAUCACCACAGCCACCGCCUUAGUAAUCCUGAACUCUUUGUUCUUCAAUUAUGACCUAAAGAAAGCUGUGACCGAGCCCCGGGUUCACAAUCAGCUUAACCCGAACAUGACAGUGGUGGAGCAGGGCUUUGAAAAGAGUGUUCUGGAGGGGCUGGUCCAGAAGAACCAUGUCACACAGCUGCUGAACACUCCGGACUCUGUGGUCCAGGCCGUGGUCCGGCAGGGAGACCGUCUCUGUGCAGAGUCCGAUCCCAGGAAAGGAGGCUACCCGGCCGGAUACUGA